UUUCGUUGCAGAGCCUUCCAAGAACUGUUUGUCCCAGCGUGCCCUGCUUGAUUGCGCAUAUUUGUCGGUUUGCUGAAGCACUCACUGUGUGGCAGGCUGAAGGAGUAAAGUGUGCGGUUCAGUCCAAAAAGUAGCUGAGCGGCUGUUGCUGUGUGAGGGGAGACCAGACGAGACGAGUUGAGUUGCUGCUGGCAGCGCGCGAGGAGCCGAAUCCCCACACACCUGAGCAGCGCGACGGCUGGUUGCACCCAGGAGACAAGUGUCUGCGGACAUGGCGAGUCCGAGCUGCUCAGUCUGAAUCAGCAUAAAGCCGAGAAAAAAGUACCCAACUCUCUUUUUUUCUUUUGUAUGACUCCAAUCAGUGGAGAAUUUUCUACUUGGUUCCCAUUGACUUCAAUUUUGCUAGGGCCUCUUGAUGCCACUGUGGAGGAGUAGGUUCAAGUUGAUUGGGUGGAGGCCGAUGACCCAGGCUGUGGGGUGUAAAACAGAUCCAAAUGACUCCAGCUGGCGUGAAAACAAGCCUAAUGUACCAGGUUCUGCUGGAAAGAGGAGAGGUUUUGGCAACGCUGACAAAGCCCAUAGUGUAGUGGGCCUUUUGCUCACUGGUAAGACGGAACGAGGAUCUUGGGAAGAGAUGAAUGCGGAUCUUAUUCUUGAAGAGACCUUAAUUAAAAGAUCACAACAGAAGAAACGGACAUCUCCACUCAAUUACAAAGAAAGAUUGUUUGUUUUGACAAAGUCAAGAUUAACGUACUAUGAUGGUCGUCCUGAGAAAAAACACAAAAAGGGCUCCGUUGACUUGCAAAAAAUCAAGUGUGCAGAAAUAGUGAAACACGACAGUGGCCCUAUUCCUUGUCAGAACAAGUAUCCUUUUCAGAUUAUAUACGAUUGUAAUACCUUGUAUGUUUUUGCUCCAACCUUUGAGAGCAGAAGUGUGUGGGUGAAAACGCUAAAAGAAGAAAUAAGAAAUAAUGAAUUAAUAGUCCCAAAAUAUCAUCCAAAUUUCUGGGCAGAAGGAGUAUGGCAAUGCUGUAGACAAGCGGAUAAACUUGCUCCAGGAUGUGAGGAAUAUAACCUCUUUGGUGAUAUUACUCGAAAGCCACUUCCUCCAACACCAGACGAUGUGCUACAUAACAAUCUAACAGGAUGUGUUUAUAAGCCUCCAUCUCUCCUACCACAAAAUGAAGAUGAAGAUGAGGAAGAUGAGGAGGAGGAGGAGUUGGUUCUAGCAAUGUAUGACUUUGAAGCAUUAGAGACCCACGAUCUAAAUCUAGUGAAGGGUGAAGAAUAUGUCCUGUUACAAAAAAGUGACGUGCAUUGGUGGAAAGCAAAAGAUAAAAAUGGACGUGAGGGCUACAUACCAAGCAACUAUGUAACUGAGAAGAAAUCCAAUAAUCUAGAAAAAUACGAGUGGUAUUGCAGAAAUGUUAAUAGAAGUAAAGCAGAACAUUUACUGAAAUCUGAGAAGGCAGCUACCGAUGAGCACUGCAACCUCACCAGGAACUCCGCAGCGCCUCACAAUUACCGAGGGAUAAUCACUUAUCCAAGCUACUCUUACCAAUGGACACAUGAUAGGUACUCAAAACGUCAGGAUAAAGAGGGAAGCUUUAUUGUGAGAGAUUCCAGCCAACCUGGAAUGUAUACAGUAUCUCUUUACACCAAAUUUGGAGGAGAUGGCAAUGGAUCAACCCGACAUUAUCACAUAAAGCUGACCCAGGGACCUCACAGAGAGUUCUAUCUGGCAGAAAAACAUCUGUUUAACAACAUUCCUGAAUUAAUUGAGUAUCAUCAGCAUAAUGCAGCAGGUCUUGUCACACGACUGCGAUAUCCAGUCGGCCGCAAAGGACGAUCUGCACCUACAACUGCUGGCUUUAGCUAUGAUAAAUGGGAAAUCAAUCCAUCUGAUCUAACGUUUAUGAAAGAGCUGGGAAGUGGACAGUUUGGAGUGGUGCGUUUAGGAAAGUGGCGGGCUCAACACAAAGUAGCAAUUAAAGCAAUUCGCGAAGGUGCAAUGUAUGAAGAGGAUUUCAUAGAAGAAGCUAAAAUCAUGAUGAAAUUAUCUCAUCCUAAAUUAGUGCAAUUAUAUGGAGUUUGCACACAGCAGAAACCAAUAUAUAUAGUGACUGAAUUUAUGGAACUUGGUUGUCUGCUGAACUACCUCCGACAAAGAAGAGGCCAGUUAAACAACGAAAUGUUACUAAGCAUGUGCCAGGAUGUGUGCGAUGGCAUGUCAUAUUUGGAGGCAAAUGGAUUCAUCCAUAGAGAUCUGGCUGCCAGAAACUGUUUAGUGAAUGAAUCUCAUGUGGUGAAAGUGUCUGAUUUUGGAAUGACCAGAUAUGUCUUGGAUGAUCAGUACACUAGUUCUUCAGGUGCCAAGUUUCCUGUGAAAUGGUCACCUCCUGAGGUGCUACAUUACUCUAAGUUCAGCAGUAAAUCAGAUGUGUGGUCAUUUGGUGUUCUGAUAUGGGAAGUUUACAAUGAGGGCAAGAUGCCAUUUGAAACCAAAACAAAUGCUGAGGUGGUUGAGUUCAUUUCAUCUGGUUGUCGACUCUAUCGACCAAAACAAGCAUCAAAGGCGGUGUAUGAGAUUAUGAACCAAUGUUGGCAUGAGAAAGCAGAGAAACGACCAAGUUUUUCAUACCUGUUGCUGAUGAUUAAUCAAAUAAUGGAAUGUGACUGUUAAAGUGGCUCUCCUGGUUGGUUAUGGACUGCUGGAAUUAAAUCAUGAUGCUGCAAAUCCUGUCCGGUGUUAUGACAGAUUUUCUUUUAGGUGAUUGUCCUGGAUUCGAAACAUCAAGUAAAAGCUUUGUCUCUAUCUGAGUAAAAGUGUGGUAAUUAUACACUUGAGGAAGACUAUCUGUUGAUGCAGAUGCUUGUUGGCCAUAUGGCAUUUUAAACGUCAACAUACAUAUUUGUUGAGAAGAGGUAUCUCUAAUGUUUCUGCCAGCCUAGAGUUUGCAACACAGUGCCACUUGUCAGCAUUGAAACUGACCCUGAAUCAUCACUGUUGUUUGAUGAGUAUUUUUUUCUUCGCUGAUUCUAUAUCUUAAGUGCAAUUUUCAAUCUAUUGUCUACUUCUGUCCACUAAUACCAAAAGCAUUUUGCUGUUCAAAUUCUGUGUAGCUAUUAAUCCUCAUUGCCUCUGCCUGAGCUGGAUUUUCCCCUAUAUUUCAAUAUUGUGAUUCUACAACACUGUACCACACAAUCUCCAUUAAUUACUGAGCAAUUAUCUGAAUUGCUGAGUUAUGUGGACCAUAUUUGAUAGCUUUUGGUUAACAGCUGGAGCAGCAACCCACAAUCCAAAUUAAUUUGUGUACAUUUAUUAACCUACUUAGUAUCCCAACAUCUCACAACAGCAUAAAAAUAAAAUGCCAGAAAUAGACAUAAGGUUUUAAAUGAAGAAUUUUUAAUCAGAUCCACCCUACGUCUGAAAUAAUAACCUAUCCUUUUUCAUUUUCGAUUAAUGAGGUGCAUUUGUUUAAUUUGAGAUGAUCUGAUAUGAAAGUCAAGUUAUUUUGCCAAAUGUAAAGUCUCAAUUUUCUAUCAAGUCCACUGCACAUUUCUUGAGCAGUGGGAAUAUAACUCUAGAUUUAUGUAUAAGUAACAGCGAUGAACAAUACCAAUCUGUAACUAGGUUUGUAUGAAGAAAACUGAUUAAUUAGGAAAACUUCAAUUGUUGGAACUAUCUGAUUCAAAGUUUGAAGUUCUGACUUUCCUCAGAGCCUGGGCAGAAUUCUGUUGCAAAACUUGUGGGAGUGGAGUAGUGAGAGUGGAAAAGCAAUGGUGACCCAGAAACAUAGGAUUGCCGACCUGAAUAUGUCUCUUGAACUUACAGCAGGAGCAAGAACAAGGUAGCUUCAAUCAUGCGUUUAUAGGCCCUACUUGGCCAUCGGAGGCCCUCAACAAAUAUGGGGUUCUGUGGUCAAACUCAACAUAACGCAAAAAGAACCUUGUGACUGUUGAAUCAAAAUAUUCUGGCAUUAAAAUUGAUUUGUUGCAAUAUAAAUUUGUUGCAGAUUUGUUGCAAUAUAAAUACAAAAUUAGUUCAUAAUUUAAGCACAAUACGUUAUGGUAUGAUUUGCAUUAUUAUUAAUACAGUGUGCAAACGUUCAUAUGGGCCUAUUUCUUAAUGCAUUUUAAUAUUUGAUGGAGAGUUCCCACUCAUAAAUGCCCAGUGAUAUGGAUGCUGGAUAGAUACUAGCGUCUGUGUCAAUGGCGAAGAAUAAGAGUAGCAGCCCAGAGGGGUAUCCAGGCUGGGAAUACACAGAAGAACCAAGGCAGCAAAAGGCAAAUUGACAGCCUUAUUAAAGGGGAGUCAGGAAGUGCAAUAUUUACAGAUUUUGCCCUUGGCCAAUCAGACGCGCUACUGCCCCCAAAUCCCACCUGAACCCCCAGCAUCUUAGCAGGUAAUGUAUAUUUCAAGCACCACCAACCUCAGCCUGCCACCUGCAGUUGUCAAAGAGACACCCAGAAAGGCAUAGAUGCUAUCAAUUUUUUUUUCAAAUGAAAUGAGUGCUCUCUGAACUCUCAUAUACCAGCAAGGUUAGGGAUAUAAGACAGCGGGAGGUUGGGAUUCCAACUUCAUUGCACUUAGGAAGCAGAGUGAUAACAAGGCCCCAAAACAUACAGUGAAAAAAUGCCUAUUCUGAUUUAGCUACUGAAUAACAGAAAUAUCAUAAUUUUGCUAGCGGAAAAUGUGUUUCAACAGUAAAAUGGCAUGGGUACACCAGAAAUUAUUUUUAAAAAAUGAGCUAGCAGUCAGAUGACCAUGUUAAGUAGGCACACUAACACACCUCUGCAAAAGGAGGAUUAAUAGAGCUAUAUUUCCACACUCAGUUCCUUUCUGGGUAAGUUAGAAAAUUCAGCCAGUGUACGUAAACACUUUCCUCAUAAAAAGGUCAGGUUAGGAAUUCAGAUAAUCUCAGACUAUCCUUCAAACUCUCCCAGAGUUUUCAUUGGAGAGCUCAGAGGAUGUACCUUGAUUGACUUUCCUGUUGGCUUGACACUGCCAUGGACAAAAAACCUAAAGUUUGGGGAAUAACUAAAUGAUGGGGAGAUCAAAGCAACUUGAAGUACAUAUGCAAUUCUGCACUGUAUUAUAAUAUUUAUUAAUUGUUCAAUGAUUUGUUAACAUUGAUUAACAAUCCAAGAGUGAAUGUGCAUCUUUCCAACACUAGAAAAGCAGUACUGUAAGAGAAGUUUAGAACUUUGUUUAUAUUGUAUUAAAAACAUUUAAAAAUUUUAUUAGAGAUGUGGCACUUACGAAUGCGAUUUAGCAAGUGUGUAUAUAUCAAGACUAACUGUUUCCUCUUGCAGUUUAAUUUCCUACUCAUUCAGUAAUUGAAAAUCUGUGUUCCUGAAAAUAACUGGCUCAGGGAUAAUCAGUCAUGGAUAUAAUCAAUUAAUUUAGUUUCCAAAUUAGAUUAACUUUUAUAAUGUUACAAUACUUCGUAUUUUUCUGCUGCUCAUGCUGGUAAUGACACUCAAAUAUUUAGCAACAAAAACUGGAAAUUUUAAGAUAUAUUGUAUUUUUUCCACCUUUGCCCUUGUACAUAAGCCAAAUAAAUAUAUUAAUUAAUUGAA